UCCAAAUCAUGCAAGAUGCAAGAUAAGAGAAAGACAAGGUGGCUGUGGCUGAUGCCCACCCUCUCGGGACGUCUCUCUUCCCUCCUCCUUGGGCAGGGAGACCAUCGGGGUGCAACCUGGCCGGGGCCGGGUGGAGGUGCAGGCCCUGGCUGGAGUGGGCCUGGCCCCGGGGAGGGGACGACAACCGAUCCGACCGCCUGGGCCGGGGCAGGUGAGCGCGGCGCAGCGGGCCCGGCGAGUCCGCGGUGCGCGCGAGCGGCCAGCAGAGGGCGCCAGAGAGCCAGGAGCGGCCCGCUGAGGAGCCCGCGCCGGCCCCGAUGCCCAGCUCCGCGCGGCGCGGACCCACCGAGCCCGCGCUCAGACGCCCGCUCCGCGGAGAGGCCGCUCGCGCCGGCUCCUUCCUCCUCCCGAAGUGCAGGCAGAGCCCCCGGAGCCAUGGCCAGCCCUUCCGGCAGCUCCGAAGCCACGGGCAAGCCCCGCGGCAGGGAUGGCCGGCCCAGGAGGGAGGAGGACGACGUCCCUCCCGAGGAGAAGAGGCUGCGGCUGGGGCCCGAGGACGGGGAGGACGCGCCGCGGCCGGGCCGGGAGGAGACCGGCACCCAGACGGGCGGCGACGGCAGAGGAGAUCUACUGUCGCUGCCAUACGGCCUGGUCGAGGGUCAGGACUACAAGUCUGAAAACUCACCCCUCCUCCCCAGUGCCAAGAACAGCCUGCAAGACUCCGUUUCGGCAAGUCAGGCAUCAGGCACAGUCGAGGAAAGUGCUCGAAGAACUCAUGCAAGUGGAACUUACAGCUUCCUUGAUCAGACUCAGCAUUCAGAUAUCAAAGCAGACUGCAAUACCUGCGUGGAAAUAGAAGACAGAAAGGUUUCAAGACAACAGAUGAAUUGUGAAAGAGAGCAGCUAAGGGGUAAUCAGGAAGCAGCUGCUGCCCCUGACACAAUGGCUCAGCCUUACGCUUCGGCCCAGUUCGCUCCCCCGCAAAACGGUAUCCCCGCGGAAUACACAGCCCCUCAUCCCCACCCUGCGCCAGAGUACACAGGCCAGACCCCGGUUCCCGAGCACACGUUAAACCUGUACCCUCCCGCCCAGUCGCACUCCGAGCAGAGCCCGGCGGACACGAGUGCCCAGACCGUCUCCGGCACCGCCACACAGACAGACGACGCAGCACCGACGGAUGGCCAGCCCCAGACACAACCUUCCGAAAACACGGAAAACAAGUCUCAGCCCAAGCGGCUGCAUGUCUCCAACAUCCCCUUCAGGUUCCGGGAUCCGGACCUCAGACAAAUGUUUGGUCAAUUUGGUAAAAUCUUAGAUGUUGAAAUUAUUUUUAAUGAGCGAGGCUCAAAGGGAUUUGGUUUCGUAACUUUCGAAAAUAGUGCCGAUGCCGACAGGGCGAGGGAGAAAUUACACGGCACCGUGGUAGAGGGCCGUAAAAUCGAGGUAAAUAAUGCCACAGCACGUGUAAUGACAAAUAAAAAGACCGUCAACCCUUACACAAAUGGCUGGAAAUUGAAUCCAGUUGUGGGAGCAGUCUACAGUCCCGAAUUCUAUGCAGGCACGGUCCUGUUGUGCCAGGCCAACCAGGAGGGAUCUUCCAUGUACAGUGCCCCCAGUUCACUUGUAUAUACUUCUGCAAUGCCAGGCUUCCCGUAUCCAGCUGCCACAGCUGCGGCAGCCUACCGAGGGGCGCACCUGCGUGGCCGCGGCCGCACCGUGUACAACACAUUCAGGGCUGCAGCGCCCCCGCCCCCGAUCCCGGCUUAUGGCGGUGUUGUUUACCAGGAUGGAUUUUAUGGUGCAGACAUUUAUGGCGGUUAUGCUGCAUACCGCUACGCCCAGCCUACCCCUGCCACGGCCGCUGCCUACAGUGACAGAAAUCAGUUCGUCUUCGUUGCAGCAGAUGAAAUUUCUUGUAACACCUCUGCAGUUACGGACGAGUUUAUGCUGCCGACCCCUACCACCACACACUUGCUCCAGCCGCCACCUACGGCGUUGGUGCCAUGCCCCAAGGUUCCAGCCCCAGCACAGACUUCAGAGGAGCUAAGCUGCACACUUCCAGGCCUCUGCUGUCAGGCAGCUGAGAAUCUGACUGCCUCUCCUCCCCUAUUACAAUUCAUGUUUAAAGUCAUAGUCGCCCAGGAAAGAAAAUAGACAGAGGGGCACACUUUGUGUACCUAGUACAUAAGAAAGUAGAAGGGAUCAGCUGGGUUUGGAGGUUGUCUUUUGUUUCGGGGCAGGUCUGGGUUUUUGUUUGGGGAAGGGGUGGGGGGAGGGUAAAACACGGGAGGUAAGGGUGGGGUGAAUUUGCCUGUACUUGUUCAAACUUCUAUGCACUAAAACUCUUGAGUACAGUAAGGCGUGCUCAUCAUGUGAGACCAUAUGCAGUCAUUACAAAGCUUUGGCAUGCACUUUUCUGCUUGGAUCAAGAACAUCAGUCCUUAUCCUAAAAAUGAAUCCCCAUAGGCAUUCAUUUGAAUUGCCAGUACUUUUAGAAAAAGGAAAUCGUUAAGUGCCACCUUGUAGCCAUUAAAGCCAUGGCCAGACAGUUCACCGAAGCUCGGUCAUAGAAAUUCAGCCUUGAUUUCGAAACAUUGUUUUGCACAAACUUAAUUCCACCAAGCGAUUCAUCUGUACAACUCCCUUCUCAAGAUCAGAUUCCGUGCAACUUGCAAAGCCAAGUCAAGAGGUAGAUUGAGAUUUUCAUCCCAAUCCUGCAUUCAACAACUCUGUUUCAACACCUCAUCCCCUUGAGGAAUGUGUUGGAAAGGAGAGUUGAAUGACGUUCAUUCAAUACAUUGUCUAAAUUCAACCUCAAGUGUAGAAUCAUUCUGUUACCUCGGGGAAAGCCCGCUCCGUCCAAGAAAAAUAAAAACGCAGUGAGACAGUGAAAAUCCUUCAGUUGUCCAGCUUAUGACAGAGUCCUUUUAGCAAAGAGGACUGGCUGACAGAAUUUGAUUUCACAGGGAAUUGCUUUACGAGGAGCUAGUGAGGAAGGUCAGGAAUGGCCCUAUCUUUAGUUCUCCAAGAAUGACCGGGGAUGGGUAGGGGGUGCCUCCAGUUCGGUUGGUUCUGAGUGUCUAUUUUUCACAUGAGUCUUUUUGAUGAUCCACAUGUUGCACAAGGAAAAUGUAAAAAACACACCCCUCAAAUUGCUUUGUUUCAGAAUGCUUUUGCACCUUUGACUGAUGCCAAGACUAGGAGCCAUGCUGAUGAUGUGGGUCUCGUUCUUUCUUCAUUGCAGGCUAGUAUAUACCGAGGGGGAUACAACCGUUUUGCUCCAUACUAAAUGACAAAACCAUAAAAACCUUCCAAUGUGGGGAGAAAGGAAGCUUUCCGAGGCCUGAGUAUUGCAAUACAUGCAGUAGUGCAUCAUUUUAGCAACUCUAAAAAAAAAAAUAAAAGUAAAAAGGAAAAAAAUUACAUUUUUUAUCUUAUACCUCAGAUAUUUUGUUCUGUGUAUUUUAAUAUUGUGGGUCUUUAAUUUCUGAAGGUUCCGUAGUUUGGUUGCUGGCUGUAGGAGUUUUUGUGGUUGAUCUAGACAGAUGCUAGAUAUGAAUAAAAACUGGUUUAGGGCCAUAUCCAGAGUGCUAUAUUAUGUAAAUGAAUUAUAUAUGCUGAAUAUUAAGCUCCUGGCGUUAUCAGCUGUUUGGGAAGAGUGUAAGUGACUACAGUAGUCAUUCUUUUCUGCAUCUGCAUUAUCUUAUUUUGUGAAAGGGGAAGCUGGGAGGGGCUUAGGGGAUUGGAACUCGAGUUUGGCUAAAAGACAAAAAAGAAAAAAUAAAUCAAUGUAACCGAUGAAUCUAAACGACCCACUGCACCAACAAUCAUUUAUCAAUGGUUCUAAGUUACUCAUUGCCAGUUCAAGCCAAAGGUUAUGUUGUUAAGGGAGUGCUUCUAGCACACUUGUGCAUCCGAGUUGAAUGAAGCUGUGCAAACCCACCCUUUAACCAUUCCACCCAGCAGUAUUCAGCUUCUUAACCAGUCGCUAUUGAGGCAAAAAAAAAAAAAGAAAAAAAAAAGAAAAGAAAAAAAAAGAAAAAAAAAAAUAAACCCGCUAGUUAGACCAUCAACAAGCAUUCUUUUUAUAUUUCUUCCAGUAUAAUAAAUUAUUGAUAUCAUUGCUGACUUUUAUAUUAUGGGAGGGAAAAAAUAACAUUAAUAAAAAGGUGAUAAAAAGCACUGUUUCUAUUUUUUUCUUUUUUUCCAAAAAGAGAAAGUAAUAAAAACUUAAAUUCUUUGUACCAGUUAAAAAAAAUGUAUAAAAUUUACAUCUGUGCAGUGGAGUUGUUAAGUUCUAGAAACAGUCUAUGAAGCUUUAGUUUUAGCCUAGUAGAACAACUGUUAGAGACAGACGUAUAAUUUUUAUGGAAUUACAUGAUAAUCAUAUUCAGAUUUAUAGAAGCAUUUUACAAGUAUUGCAAUCAUUGAGUAGAGAUAAUCAUGGUAUUUUCAUCAGCUUGGUACUUUUUGAAAUGUGACUGCGUUGUGUGAGCAAUCUGCAAUUUUUCAGUCCGUGAGAUCCUGCCCUUCCACCUCUUUCUCAUGCCCAAGCAUUCUCUCAAAAAUGAUCUCUUUAGUUCUGUCUCCAAGGCCCAGGACACUUGUCAAAAGGCAACAACAACAACAACAACAACAACGAAACCUAGACCCCACCCUCUUCAUCCCAGAAAAACAAAGUCUCCCCUCCUUUCUAGGAUGCAGGGCCAGAGUGACACAGCCGAAAAAUUGCAGUUUGUCUGUAACUUCUGUUUGAAUUUUCCACGUUGUCCUGUUUACAAGUAAACCUAAGUUGGGGUAUCUGUCACGGGUCUUCCUGUUUUUGUAUUUAAAUAAAAACAACAGCAGCAGGCUGUCCCUGGGUAGUUUUGCUGCCAUAGGUUAAGUCCUCAUGUGUAUAGUGCAGGCCCUGUGGCACGCACUUCAGUAAGUUAUCAAGUCACCGCUGUGAACCUGCCAAUCCGCUGUAACAACUCUGCUUUAAAACAAAACCAAACAAAACUUAAAAAAAAAAAAAAAAGUGUGGUCCAGCUUUCUCUUGCCAUCCUAUGUGCAUGCCGUAAGAUCAGUUGGAUAUUAAACCAUCAAUAAAGUUUCACAAGAUUUGAAAACAAAGUUUCUGUAGCUUCGAUAUCUAAGACAGAUAGUGAUCUUGAAAAGAGACAAGGGGGAGGGGGGGACUGCUUAUCAGCCAAAAGCCUGUCAAAGUGUUCUUUUCACCAGACUUAUUUGGGUGGGUGAGGGGAGGGGCAGGGGGGUGUUUUAUAGCAUCACUGAGACAUUCUCAUUCCCCCACCUGGAAAACAGUUAUGGCAGUGGGUGCCUGGUUGACAUUCUUAAACAAAGCCUGUUAUAAAAUACUAUGGCAUCCUCCGGAGGGAAGAAAGAGUAGGAGCAGGGGGCUGUGGAGAAUAAGAUGAUUUCUCCCGAAUGCCUCAGAUUUCAAAAUCCAGAAUUUGUAUUGUGUUUCGAAUCAAACAUAGAAUUCUUACUGUGUUGGUUAAAGUAAAAUUCAUUUGCGGUUUUGAUUUUCAUCCAUGAGCUGUACUUUUCCCCCAUGACUGUAUGUAGUUUUAAUAAAAUCAUUUAGAGUAAGGGGGUGCCAGCUGAAGUUGCCGAAUCUUCUGUCCAGGCACUCCUCCAAGAUGCCAAUAAGUCAUUUUACAAUGUAUGUCAGAUGUAAACAAACAUUUUGGAUUUUUUUUUAAACAGUAUUUAUUUGGAAUGUUUUCAUUUAUCUAAAUAACUAUUGCUAUUAUGAAUUAUGGAAAAUUAAUAUUAUGUGUGGCAUAUAGUGACUUCUUAACACACACAUCACGCAAUCUGCAAACCCAGAAAAUGUGUAUACCUGUCUUUAGAAAUUAGUGUUUAUAUCACUUACAGUGGUUUGUGAAUAAAGAAAACUGGUUUGUAAUAUCAAAAAAAUAAAAGCUUAGUCUGAAAAGGUACAA